AUAUUGAACUGUAGUCCAAAGAGGCUCCUCUGGCCUGUCGUAACUUCAUACAAUUGUGUUUAGAAGAUUAUUAUAAUGAUACCAUAUUCCACAGAGUCGUUUUUGUUUGUAGCUCAAGGUGGUGAUCCCACUGGUACAGGAGAAGGUGGUGAAUCUAUUUAUGGUUCGCCAUUUAAAGAUGAGUUUCAUCAGAGACUCAAGUUCAAUAGACGUGGUCUGGUGGGAAUGGCCAAUGGAGGAAAGAAUGAUAAUACCUCACAGUUCUUUAUAACGCUGGGAAGAACUGAUGAACUUAAUAAUAAGAAUACAUUAUUUGGGAAGGUGAGGGGUGUGGUUAAUAAUGGUUGAUGGGCAGGGUUUUCUUUA